UGUCCUCAAGCUUGCUAGUCACGACCAGAUUAGCACCUCGACGUCAACCUGCACUACAGCUUUUGCUAUCUCUGAAGACGCCCGGCUGCAUCUUGGUCGCCCCGAACUUACGCCAACGAUCCUAAGUUCUGCCAAUUGACGGAUCCCAAAAGCGGCAACAAUCGCACGCCAUUCUUCCUCCGAGAACCGACGAAAGGAAGCACCUCGCGCAACCGGCAGCAUGACGCGCGCACAACAGACCAUCUCCCUUGCGCUCCUCGUGAGCUCUCUCUACCUCUCCCUCUACCUCGAGCUGAUCCCCCUCCCGGCCGCCAUCCAACAAGACAUCGUCCCCGUGCUCCCCUUCUGGUUCCUCGUCUCGUUCGGCGCCUGGCUGCUCUUCCGCCUCGGCUGGGGCAUGCUCACCUUCCGCGACACUCCCGAUGCCUACGCCGAGCUGAUGGAGGAGAUCAAGAUGGCCAAAGCAGAUUUGAGGACGAAGGGUGUGGAUGUUGACUAGGUAAAUUGGGUUGGUUGCAGAAGCUGCCGGGGGGUGGGGGCGGGUUGGGGGUUUGAGAAAACAUUAUGUGGUGACUUGAUAAAAAGAAUAAUCGUCUGUAUAACAAAGGGAUACUGCACGGGCUGAUGACUACGUGGUCGCGAGGUCGGUCGGACACCACUACCUAGGUGCUCAUCGGGUUGCUUGGGGGGGGGGGGGGGGGG